UGCAAGCGGUGGGUGUCGAAUCGCCGCAGGACUGCUGAUAGUCAUGUGUUAGGACAGCUUUAAAUAUAAAAACAGUUCGUUAUGUAUCCUUAAUUUAAGAAUUGCAUAAGAAUGUGUCAGCUCGUGUACAAUUAAUAUACCCUUUUAUUUGUUCGAGUGUUCAAAUGUGUCAAAUUGUUCCGUUCCAGUACUUCCUGCUAAAAGUUGAAUUUUGUUUUAUUUUCUAUAUAUUUUCCCAACUCGGCUCAAAAAGUAAGGAUGGUUUUUUUCAUUAUGCCACCUACAAUUGUGAAUAAGGCUUAAAGAUUUUGUGUAAAAUCGGUUUUUUGGAGCAUUAUUAAGUACAAAGAACAUAAACAGACAUUUUAAUGUUCUGAUACAGAUAUUAGUUCUUUGUGUGACAUUCCUGGUCAUAUUGUUUCUUAUUUUAUCCCGGCGAAUUGAAGUGCAAACUUAAAAUAAUUUACCGCAGAAGCUAAAAGAAAGAUUUGAUUGUCCAGGAAACGGUUUAUUCUCCAAUAGAACAUAAUGGCUUUUUCGUUUUUCUCCCUGGUGACCGGUCUAUAUGUCCUGCACUCCUCCAUAGCUCUACUACUGCUUAACAAGGAAGUGCCCAUCACACGCGGAAUGCUCUACCCCAGGGAAUCGGAAACGCGGGAGGUGCACUCUCUGGACGGGAUUUGGAACUUUGUUCGGUCGGAUCCAGACAAUCCUACGCAGGGUAUCAGGGACAAAUGGUUUGAAAAGGAUCUUAGCAAAAGCCAGCCGACGAUACCGAUGCCUGUUCCGGCAUCCUACAACGACAUAACCACAGACAACCUGCGUGACCAUGUGGGUACUGUGUGGUAUGAUCGCCGGUUCUUUGUGCCCCGCUCCUGGCGCACGGAUCAGAGGGUUUGGCUGCGAUUCGGCAGUGUCCACUAUGAAGCCUAUGUGUGGGUUAACGGCAAGAGGGUGGUGAAGCAUGAGAUGGGGCACCUGCCAUUCGAGGCAGAGGUAACAGACGUGCUGAUGUACGGGUCGGAAAAUCGGAUCACCGUGAUGUGUGACAACGCCUUGAUCCAGACAUCAGUACCACAGGGCAAGAUCACCGAGGUGCCCAACGACAACGGAAUGACCAUUGUUCAGAGCUAUACUUUUGAUUUUUUCAACUACGCUGGAAUACAUAGGAGCGUGCAUCUGUACACAACGCCCAAGACGCUUAUCGAAGAAGUGAAGGUUACAACGAAUUUGAAAAACCAAAACGCUGAUGGGGAGGUUUCGUACUCGGUCUCUGUGAAAGGAAGCGUCGUUAACGAAGCCGACAAUGACCUGCAUAUUCAAGCAAAUCUGUAUGAUAAGGAGGGUCUACUGGUGGCCAAUGCGACGUCGGAUGGUAAACUGGAGGGCGAAUUACAGGUAGCAGAGGUGAAGCCUUGGUGGCCAUACCUUAUGCACCCAGACCCAGGCUAUUUAUACCAGCUGGAGAUCAAGCUACUAGCAGCCAACGAGGAGCUUUUGGAUGUUUAUCGUCUAAAAGUGGGUCUACGUACUCUGAGUUGGGACCAAACUCAGUUCCUGAUCAAUGGAAAAUCGGUUUAUUUCCGGGGCUUCGGCCGGCACGAGGAUUCCGAUAUUCGAGGAAAGGGUCUAGAUAAUGCUUUGAUGGUCCGGGACUUCAACCUGCUGAAGUGGAUAGGUGCCAAUGCAUACCGUACCUCGCAUUACCCCUAUUCCGAGGAGUCUAUGCAGUUCGCUGACGAGCACGGAAUCAUGAUCAUCGAUGAAUGUCCCAGUGUGGACACUGAAAAUUUCAGCCAGGAGCUGCUCGGCAAGCACAAAUCCUCGCUGGAGCAGCUUAUCCACAGGGAUCGGAACCAUCCGAGUGUAGUUAUGUGGUCGAUUGCGAAUGAGCCGCGUACGGGAAGUUUGACUGCGGAUUCAUACUUUAGUUUGGUGGCCAACUUCACACGCUCUCUGGACAAAACGAGACCGAUUACAGCGGCCAUUGCUACUCCUUACACUAAGGAUCAGGCGGGUCGUCAUCUUGACAUCAUUAGUUUCAAUAGGUAUAAUGCCUGGUACACAAACACAGGCCGCUUAGACAUGGUUACCCAAAAUGUGAUUGACGAGGCUGUUGCCUGGAACAAAGCCUACCAGAAGCCAGUAAUUAUGUCCGAAUAUGGAGCAGAUACACUAGAGGGGCUGCAUAUUCAACCUGCCUAUGUGUGGUCGGAAGAAUUCCAAAUGGAAGUGUUUUCCCGGCACUUCAAGGCAUUUGACGAGUUGCGUAAGAAGGGAUGGUUUAUUGGUGAAUUCGUGUGGAACUUUGCCGACUUCAAGACGGCACAGAGCUACACCCGUGUGGGUGGAAAUAAGAAGGGAGUCUUUACCAGAGCUCGUCAGCCCAAGGCAGUGGCUCACUUGCUUCGGAAGAGAUACUUUGCCUUAGGUCGGGACCUCGAUCAAUGCAACAUCCCAGAGGACAUCUUUAUCUAUAUCGCAGAGUGGAAAUCCUAGAAGGAUAAAGAGGCAAUUUGUAAAUAAAUUUUUCCAGGAAAUUAUGUAGUUCCCUUGGGCACUGCCACCUCGUAUCUUCAUUUUCAUUCCUAUAAUUUCCAUAUACGACUUCAAAUUAGUUGAGCCAUUAGUGCUUUGUAUUUUUUAUAAGCCUUUAUAAUUAAGGAAUAAAUGAAUUAUUUAUAACCUCCCUAA